ACAUUUAUAUUUAGUUUCGGCAACGAGUGGAAAGGUGUUAUUUGGCGCAAAUUCGAUCCCAAUGAUUAAAUCCCUCUAAUUGAAUGCCAUGCUUUGAUUUGUGUGUGCGCAACCAGACGUCAUCAUUCACAGUACUUAAAAACAGCCGAGUAGGUAUUCGCUUUCUGUUGCAGUGGCUUUUUUGCUGCUGAUUCUGGGGAUGAUAAUUAGCCUCACUAUUUCAAAUCUUGGAUUGCAACAAAGGACAAAAACAUCAUGUUAUGAAUACCCGAGAAAACACUUGUUAUCGCAAGCAGCGAAGAUGUGACACCAGGGUGCAACAUCAGCAGCUAUCGAGAAUCCACCUGCCACAAGCUGAAGUCGGUGAACGGUGAAAAAAUAUCCGAAUGUGUUCCCCGAGCGAAAGUUGCCAUCAGUGACGGAGUGUUGAUAAUGCUGUUUGCUCAGUGGGUCCUCUAUAAUCAGGGCAUCUAUCGGUGAAGUGAUAACAGAGAGUCCUAUUUCGGGACGACGAAAUGUUUGACGAGCAUUGAGCGUGAAGUGUAAAAAAAAUCUCUAAUGAAGUGCUACAAACAUGGCCGGCAAAUACGCGCACCAAAUGGAUAUAGGGGCUGAUGCUAAAGCUGAUGAUGUGUAAAAUGUGUAUCAAGAAAAAGAACUGCAGAAAAAGAUUGAAUUUAUUGAUACUUCUAUUCAACAUGAACGCAUCAUAGUCCGCGAGUGCAAUGUGAAUAAUAAGGUUAUUAUCAUGUAUUGAAUCGUUUCAUUCUUUAUUUAUAUAUGAUAAGUAGUUUCUAAUAGAACAAAUAUAAAGUGGGUGGAUCGAAGACAAGUUUUCAUUCAGUGCCUGAGAGAAAACGUUAGGCAAAUGAAUGGUAUCCCAGUGUAAGCGGGAUAAAUUCGCCAUGCUCCGUGGGGGCCAGGAAUGUACGUAAUAUUUCCGGCCGAAGAAUUAAUAUUGUUGACAUACGGAAUCGCCGUACCGAGAGUACCACCUCGACCAACUCUGGACAACUUGCGAGAGCCACUUGUCCCCAUCGGCAAUAGGCCUUCUUCCGCCACCAUCCUGUCCCCCAAGCAGAUAAAUGAUCCCAGUCGGAUCCAAGGACCAUCCCGCACGUCCUCCUCCGUACCGCGCACCCCGCCGACACUUGCACCUAGAGACAGAAGCCCGGAGCCUAGUGUCAAUUUUUCACCGGACGAUAGAAUUUACGACUACGACGAUUCCAGUCCUUUCUACGACACCGAUGCGACUGUAAACUAUGUGAGCCGAGAGUUUAGCGCCAGCAUCCCCUUCAACCCCCUUUCCACGGCACCUCCAGCGGUACCAAGACCAAACACUACCUCACCAGCGAAGGGGAAAGAAAAAUCCAAAUCCAGGCUCCACCUUAAGCUAGGACGACUGCGACCACAUUCCUCCGUUGAGCCAAGCGAGUCUGCCCGAAUCCGGGAAGAUUUGCUGAUACACGUCUCAAAUCCAGUGUUCACUCGUGAAAACCUCCGACAGCGUAAUUUCGAUGCUUUCUUUGAAUCUGGCGAAACGGUAUAUUCGCUCGAGAAGAAAGAAAAGCCUCCCCCAGCAAGUGCCGAGUCCUGUGAGUUAGGUCCAUGGAAUACCUGUGAGUCUCCUGCCCUCCAGCAGCGUUCCGUUGGAUUCUUCCGAAAAGCCAAAUCACCCAUCGGUGCCAAAAGUGCCGAUCUCGAAUUUGAAGAGUCCCAGAAAGAGUCAUCAAAAUCCCAUCGUAGUAUAUUUAGCAGCAAACGAGGAGGCACGACACUGAGCAUCGUCUCGGUGUCGCAGCAACCUCUCGGGGGAAGCAUGUCUUCCUCUGGAGGGGUCCUAAAGGAUUUAGGUCAUCCUGGCCUAAACGAAGCACUCAAAUCCCACAAUAGCGUCACCUUUAAGCUAGUAAAAACGGUUUCCGACUUCACAGAAAAUUUAGCACAACUUUACGAACAGCAUGCCGAAGCACUGCAGGUACUGGUUUCGGGAUACAGAAAAAGAAAUGGCGAGCUAAGGAAAGAAAGACCCGCUUGCCAGUCGAAUCUAUUCCAUGCCUGGGAAACUUUUUUACAAGAAAUCGAAGCUGAUUCCCAGGCAACCAUCGAUGUCGCCAGUUCCCUUUCCAGACAGGUUUCUCGACCACUGCUGGAGCGUUCAUUCUACCGAAAGGUCCAAAGUAGAAAAGUAUUCACCCAUAGGGAAUCAUUUGAUACAAUCAUUUCGAAGACUGAAGAGAAAUUAUCAAAGUGCCGAAUCGACUACAAGCAGUGCUACAUUGCUCACCGUCAGAACCCAACGCAGCUCACUCUGACGCAGUAUAUCGACUCUCACAAUGCUUAUGUCCAGCAGCUGCACGCCACCAAUGCCAUGCUGGAGGCGUACCAUUGCGAGACCUUACCCCAGCUGAUGCAGGAACUCGAGGAAAUUUACAAUGACCUGUGCAACAUCGUGGCGGAAGCGGUCCUACAAGGGGCUGAGGCGAUUGCGGCCAAAGCGCUUGAACAAGCACGACGGUAUGACAGCCUGGCAAAUCAAUGCAAAAGCGUUUCGCCGUCUCAGGAUUUAGGAUUCUUUGUACGCAGCCUGCCGGUUCCAUCCAAUGCUCAACGGGUUCCGAAAAAAGCAUUUGCACCGCCCCAAACGGGUGCCCCGGGAGAAGGAGGAGAGGACCUUUCCACAGACUACGGCAUUGGAAUGCAGGAUCCGACGGGCUCAGCGUUAAGAAAUGAACUGGUUGUCGACAAAGGCGCCUCGAUUCAAGUGCGGCCCUCACUGGAGGCACUAAAGCGAGAAUCAACGGAAUUGGAAAUUCAAAUCAAACAGUUACAAGAUUCUGUAGACGCUUUAGUUCGAUCGCAAAUAAGAGGAAUAGAAAGUCAGCUGUAUAACAAAGCAAACGAGAUCCAGGAGGAUAUCUCAAUGAAGAAGUUCGAUUUGCGAGCGAAGCAAAUCCAUCUAUCAGCAGUCCGGGCACAGAAAGAAUUGUUUUUGGGUAGAAUAGAUCCUGGUUCACCUCGCGGUGAACGUAAAAUGUCUUCUUCUAGUUCUUCCUCAAUGAAGACUAAGUGGUUAAAAGCGUUCAGAAGUCUGAAGCCGGCCGGUUCAGCAAACGAUAGGAAAAGCGGUAAUGGUGCUCAGAUACGGUUCGACGGAUCGGAUAACCAUAAUCUGCAGGAGUAUACGUAUAAGAAGAUAACGCCGUGCGAUGUUUGUUCACAAGUGUUAAGAGGUCACACGCGGCAGGGUCUUCGCUGCAGAAUAUGCAAGGUAAACGUGCACGCCGAUUGUGCAUCCCAGCUGCCGAAAUGCCAAGUCAAGCAAAAGCUGCUCCGGCGCCAGAAGAGCACAUCCGAGAUCGAGAACCGCACCGAACUGGAGGAGGAAAAACCGACCGACAUCGAUCAAAUCUAUCAGGUCUUAAAGAAGGCUAACGAAAUUUCCAGCGGCAAAGCCGCCGCCGAGUCGAAAGCUCAAGCCAACACUACAACUACUAGUGAUGCCAAUGCGAUGACUGGUGCUAGCAAUCCCCAGCUAGAAAUACCUGUAGUCAAUGUGCCUGAUUAUCCAGAUCGAACACCCAGGAGGGGACCACCCAAAUCUCAGGGGCCAAAUUACCAACCGCAAAAACAGGGACUCUCGGCGCCGACCACGACCGACAUGUCCAGCUCAGCACCGCACUCACCACGUCGGCAAAAGCUGAACCUUAGAAUGAAAUCACUCAGCUUGGAUUCACCAGAAUCGUCUGAAUUGCAUGGACAAAUGCGCAGACGAUAUCCGGGGCCCCCCGCCCAUAGUGGCCAUGGAGGCUCUGGUGGUCAUUUAGAACAUAGCACGCCACCAUCAAACAAUAGUAGGUUACACUCUCCAUCGAGCCCUUCGGGCAACCAGAGGAAAUUCCUGUACGCCAGUCGGGGCAUGAAGACGGGCUCGGUAGACCUGCCAGACGAAAUAGACAGGAGCCAAUCAUCUGCCAGCACGUCACCAUGUCCAUCACCGGUUCGACAGUCGCAGAAAGCACAACGACUGUUACCAACCAACAUCCACGUAGUUUUGUACAACUUCAAAGCACGACACCAAGAUGAGCUUGAUUUAGUGGCGGGCUAUAAGGUCACCGUCAUCGAUUCAUCGGACGCCAACUGGUGGAAGGGAAAGUGCUUGGGAAAGGUCGGAUACUUCCCCUCCAAAUAUUGUACCAAGCUGGGUGCAUCGGAAAAGGUCCUUCAAGUGACCCACCCUCUGCAUAUAACGGACAACGAACGAUGCGAGGUGAAGCUGCAAAGAGAUCAAAUCGUGAUACAGGUCGGUGAAGAGAUGGGCGGCAUGAUUGCUGUCCGAUUUGCUGAUAAUCAUCAGGGUGUUAUUCCGGGAAAGUAUCUGCAGGAAGUCUGACUGCGGGAUGGCGAAGAAUUAGAUCGGGAUCGAGAUAAAAGUAGCAAAAAAGCGAGUAAAAGUGGUGGAUCCAAUCAUGCCCAGAGCACCAAAUCCAGCAAGAAAUCCAGCAAACCUUUAUCAAAAAGUCAGGACUACGGAGCACAUGGACAUGAGGAGGCACGCAGUCAC